AUGGCCACUUGUGCCGCAUGCUACAGUUCGGACCAUCUAGUGGAUAGUUUUCCAGACCUACAAGCAUUUCAUGAGUCUAUAUUUGAGAAGGCUAAUGCUUUGUAUCAUAAACAAGAGAACAACCCUUAUUCUCAGACCUACAACCCAGGGUGGAAGAAUCACCCUAAUUUUUCAUGGUCUAAAGGGGCCGUACAAGGGGGUACAACGAUGCUUGCCUCAAAUCGCAAUGAGAAUCCUCAUGAUCAUGUGAAUGUUGUCACUACUCUUCGUAGUGGUAAAGUUAUUGAGAAAAAUAUAGGUGUAUCACAGUCAGUCGAGUCUAAGUCAGACUCACCGGUGCAUACAACUCCACAUAAAACAUCCGGUGUGGAGAAGGAAUCUGAGCAUGAUAGUGACUCUAAGAAUUACACUGAUGUUAAUGUUCCUGCACCGUCUCAUGUACCUGUUUCUCCAUUUCCUCAAACAUUGGUGCAACAGAAGAAAAGUAACCAAUACAACGAGAUAUUGGAAAUGUUCAAACGAGUAAACAUAAACAUUCCAUUUCUCGAAGCAAUCAGGCAGAUACCUACCUAUGCUAAGUUUUUGAACGAUCUUUGCACACAAAAGAGAAAGCUCCAUGUGCACAAACGUGCUUUUCUCACUGAGCAGGUAAGUUCCAUAAUUCAAAACAACAUCCCAACUAAGUUUAGGGACCCAGGUUGUCCAAUAAUACCGUGCACCAUAGGUGACCAUGAGGUCGAAAAUGCUUUACUAGACUUAGGAGCAAGUGUAAAUCUAUUGCCAUACUCUGUGUAUGUGCAAUUAGGACUUGGGGAGAUGAAACCCACUCUUGUUACGCUACAAUUAGCGAACAGAUCUGUAAAAAUCCCUCGUGAUACUCAACCUGUGCAAAACCCAGAUAAUCACAUUCCUGUCAUUUUAGGACGUCCUUUCCUGGAGACGUCCACUGCCAUCAUAAAUUGUCGUAAUGGAGUGUUGAAAUUUUCUUUUGGUAACAUGAUUGUAGAACUGAAUGCUUUUAACAUUAGUCAACAGCCCAUAGAUUGUGAUGAUACUGAAUUGCAUGAGAUUAACAUGAUUGAGAGUCUGAUUCAAGACUCGUUGCCUGACAUCUUAUCUGUGGAUCCUUUGCAAACUGCAGUGGAACCACUUCCACUCUCUGAUUCCAAAUCUGCCCCAUCUCUUGUCGAACCACCUAAACUUGAUUUGAAACCAUUUCCCGAUACUUUGAAAUAUGCUUUCUUAGGUUCUUCUGAGACGUUGCUUGUUAUUAUUGCAUCAUGUUUAGACACAAAACAGGAAAUCCAACUUUUAGAAGUUCUUAAAGAACAUAAAGAGGCCUUAGGCUGGACCAUCUAA